UUUUGCCGAUGCUUCAGUCAACUAAAUAAUCGAUUCAUCACGUAAUUAAACAAACUUAAAAGCAAAGUUUGAACUGAACCGACUCCUUGUUCAUUAUUCAUCAGACGAGAGGACUGAUAGGCAGUACAGAUAGAUAUCACAGAUGGACAGCACAAUGCCGUCCAUUAACGACGACAACAGGCCCGAUGGCGACAGCAUACCCCCUUCGCCUUCAUUUAAGGGGAACCUGGAUCGCUUCAUCUAUGACUCUCCGCCCAAGAAAGCCCUCUUCGUGCAGCAGACACAGAGCUUAGGGGCAGGGCGCACGUUGAAGCGAACGUUCUCCAACAACGAUGAGGUGGAGGUGGAUGCAGUAGUAGUUUCUCAAGCAAGCACGCGCAUAACCCGCUCCGUCUCCCGCGCUUCCGCAGGCCUGCUCUCGCCGUCGCCGCAAAAGAAAAGUCGAUCUGAACCCUCCUCACCAUCCCGUAGAACCUCCGGCCGCCAAACACCCAAUACCAGCACCACCACAAUCGCUGCUAGCAGAGCUCCCUUCGUAUCAACUCCUAACCUCAGGUCCCCCGUAUCUCCAGUAUGCAACCUCCGCGACACCAUUCCACACAACCUCGUCCUCCUCUUCAUAGGCGUUAACCCAGGCAUCAUGACCGGGCAAACAGGCCAUGUCUACGCCCACCCUUCCAACCUCUACUGGAAACUCCUCUAUUCCUCUGGCAUAACCGAUUACCGCCACCCUCCCUCCGAUACCUACCGGCUACCGGAGCUGUAUAGCGUCGGCAACACGAACAUCGUUGCCAGACCCACGAAGGAUGCUAGCCAGCUAUCGAGGAAAGAGAUGGAUGACGGAGUACCGGUGCUGGAGAGGAAAGUGAGAGAGAAGAGGCCAGAGGCUGUUUGUCUUGUUGGCAAGGGCAUUUGGGAGGCGGUGUGGAGGGUUCGGAGGGGGAGGGCGAUUAAGAAGGAGGAGUUUAGGUACGGAUGGCAGGAUGAGGGGGAGAGGAUGGGGAAGACGAAGGGGUGGAAGGGAGCUAGGGUGUUUGUAGCUACGACCACGAGUGGGUUGGCGGCUGGGAUGACCAUGGCGGAGAAGCAGGCCGUGUGGGAUGAGCUGGGUGAGUGGGUGAAGAGGAGGAGGGGUGAGAGGGAGAAAGAAGGGAUUCCGAAGGUGACGGCUGUAGAUGAAGGUGAUGAGGGGGAUUGAUGAUUGCGGGUGUGAUUCUGUGCUCAUUCAUUUGGAAAUAGGGGUUCUUGGUGUUUUGGCUCUAUUUUUAUUUUUAUUUUUCAUAUAUGUUGUGCAGUCCGCUUGGUGACCUUGCUUCUUGAUGGCGUCGUGAAUGUAUGGAGGACAAUUCUCAGUAGGGUGUUUACAAAAUAACAUACAAGGCCUUGUUUUGCUAUAAAGUUAUAUACACAUUCUCAGAAGGAGUAUCAGUCCAGACAUAUGCAAAGCGGAUGCCCCUCAAAAGUAGAAUACCGUUUAUGUCACCCUCCACCUACCGCAAUGCCUUCUCCAUAUCAUGCUAGUUCAUCAUCACCACUACUCGCAUCUUCAGGCAUAUGAAGAGGGAGACCCCUAGUGUCAGUAGUUCCGGCCCCCCCUUGGCCCCUGUCUUCAAACCAACCUUCCAAAUCUACAUGAA